GUGGAGUUUAACCUACCUAGUACACGCAUCUCGAUGACGAUUACACAUGAAAUUUAAGCAAGACAUGGCUGAUAACAAUGAACGUCGGAAAAUGAAGGAGUUGUUGCGGGAGAAAGAGAAAGGUGAUGUACCACUGCAGUGGAUGUACAAGGAGAGUAAGCCAGAUGCAGAGGACUUCCUGCUGGGAAAGAGGAUAGACAAGAUUGGAGAAAGUGAAGAUAUCAAACAAGAUCAGUUUGCCCUGAUUCUGGAGGAACGGACUAAACACAUCAUUGAGAUGGACACCAAAGCCAAAAUGCGUGAGGAUCCAUUGUUUGCAAUCAGGAAACAGGAGGAAGAUGCCAAGAGAAAACUGCUGGAAAACCCUGUGAAAAUGAAGAGGCUGCAAAAAGCAUUGGAGAGACAGAAUAAAUCUGAACACAAGAAGUCAAAGAAGAAGAAGCACAAGAAAGGCAAGUCUGAUUCAGAUGGAAGCGAUGAUGAUCUGAUGUCAGCUUAUCUAAAUAUUCUCAAAUCAAAGCAGAAAGGUGGGGACAUGGAAGGAAAAUACGUUCAGAAAACUAAGGAAAAAGGCGUUAAUAAUGCAAGGGAAGUGAGUCCUGUAGCAAGGGAAAGAACUGGACAAAGAGUAAAUACUCAACAAGUUGGCAGAGAAGAAAAAAGACAAAUGGAUAGUUAUUCAGAGCAAAGACCUGAGGGUAAACAAAAACGAAGGCAUAGUUCCAGUGAGUCUGACAAUGAUGCUGAAUCCGAUAAUAGAAGGAUGAAUAGGAUUAAAGGACGUUGCACAGAGGUCAGAGAAAGGUAAAGGUUAAGGUCAGGUAGAGAUGCAAGAAGGUCAAGGUCGCCUGAUCGCUACAGAUCUCACAGAGACGGUAAUACUGAUUGGUCUGGGAGAAAUCAAAGAGAGCCGUAUAGUGAUGGUAGAGAUAGGCACAAGGACCUGUCUGAUAGAAAUGAAAAACGAAGGCAUGAUUCAGAUUCUGAUGAAGAUAACAAUGCAAAGUCCAAGCAUACUAGAAACAAUGGUAAGCAAGCAGGAAAUUCAGUGAGAAAAAGCUCCAGUUCAAGUGAUUCAGAGAGUGAUAAGGUGUUUGAUAAAAAUAAGAAAAUAAAAAUGGAGACUUCUUCAAGAAAUGUGAAACCCACUAGAAAUAGGUCGUCCUCUUUGUCAGAAGAUGAUGUGAAAAGGUCAAGGUUAAAGCAAGGAAAACAUUCAGGGAGAUCUCAACAACAUAGUUUGAAGACUCAUGCUUCAUCUAGUGAAAGUUCGAGUGAUUCCGAAUCAAAUGUCAAAGCCAGGCAAGCUUCAAAAUAUGCAUCAUCAGAUGACAGUGACAGGGAGAAACCAAUGAAAAAGAAGAGCUUUGGGCUGGUUAUUCUGAAUCCAGAAAAUGAGCAUAUAAAAGCCAGGUCGAAAGUGAAGGUUACACGAGACUACAGGUCAACUUCAAGGUCGCCAGAUCGAAGGUUGAAACCAGCUGGAAGGACUGACGAAAAAAGGUCACCACCACAACAACCAAAGAGGAAGCUGACUGAAGAGGAGAGACAGCGCAGGCUAGCAGAGAUGGAGGAGAACGCGCGGUGGCGUGAAGACCAGCGCCGUGGCAACGUUACACGAUACCGGGAGGAGGACAGGGAGGAAGAGGCAAAGCAGUCGAGGAACUACGAGACCACCGGCAGCUCAGAGUUUGUCAACCCCUUGAUGUCAAAGCAUGCAGAAAACAGCUCAGUGGAGGAUCGAAUCAAAAGAAAUCGGCACAACAUCCUGCGUACCACUGCAGAUAUGGAUAGGGGAUUUAGCAAGAGAUGAACAACCAGUGGAAAACAAAGAACUGCACUGACAACUAGUGAUUUGGAAGGAGGAAUAAGUAAGAGUGGAACAGUAAGAAAUGUGGCACCCUGCAUACCACCACUGGUUUGAAAAGGGGAUUCAGUGAGAGAUAAUGACCGGCAGGAAAUACGAAAUCUUGUAACUGUGUUGAUAUCCCUGUGGAAUCAUCAUCUUUCAAUGCAAAAUCAUGCCAAGGAUGCCUCUUUGGCCAGUCUUGUGUGAUGUCCUAGACUAAGCAUUCAGAGACUGAGUUAGGGAUGAAGAGCAAUGGUGAAAUAAAGGAAUACUCACUUAUUGCCUGGAUGAUUCUGUGAUCUCAAUUUCCUCUUGCUAAGGCUUUCUAGUGCUGGAUUCUUCAAGUGCAUGUUCAGAGCCAUAAGUGAAACGUUUGAAAGGGAAAUAUUAUAUAUUCUUAAUAUUUCUAUAUUAGAUAUAAUAUUAGAUAUAAUAGUUCAAGCUUAACUCUUGAAAUUAAAAAUGGAAAAUGAUGGCAUUCACAUACUGUGGUAAUUUUUGUGUCAUUGGUGAUGAAAUGAUGUCAAUUAGUAUUCUUAUAAACAAAAUGUUGUUUUAGAUGGUCAAUUUGAUGCUUAUGAACAUUCACAAUAAAAAUGUAAUGCAAUUGUAAAAAUAGUGUUAUAUGUUCUUCGCUAGUGUUAAUUUUUUUACAUUAGGAAUCUGUAUUUACUUGUGAAAAAUUGUUAAUAUUUUUGGGUUUUAACAUUAAGAUUUUUUUUUCAAAAUACAUGUUUAAUACCAGCUUUACAGUAUUCUAGUCCAGGGUUCGCACAGGGCUUGAAAAGUGCUUGAAAACGAGUCCUAGGCUUGAAAAGCCCUUGAACAAAGGUUGGCCUUGAAAAAGUGCUAGAAAAGUACUUAUUUCAUGUAAAAAAGCCUUGAAAAUUUUUAUUUUGUUCAAAAUUACUUUUAUCAUCGCCAUAAACUUAAAUCGUUCUUAUGGAAAAUAUUACGAACAUUUAUCAUAAAUUCCUUCGCGCAAAAAAUGUGUACCAAAAUAUAAGUUUCGUACACUAUUGGGUACGAAACAUUAAGUGUACACGUCACAGAUUAUGUGUACUACGUCAGAGGUUCGCCAUUGUGAUCAAUUUUCGCGAGUAAAAAUUCAGCGAUGGGGAAGUGUCGUUUCAAACCAGAGUGGUUAACUGAAUAUUCCUGGCGCUACUUUCUGGUCAUAAACACCGAUGAUAUGCAGAAAAAUGCUUAAAUAAUUUCAACUUAUACGAUACGUCAACAUUCCUUAAACAUGAAUAUUCAUGGCGCUAUUUUCUGGUCAUAAAGAAGUUGUCAAAAUGACGUUUAUCGUUAUGUUUUGCGCGAAACUUAUGAAUGUUCCUCGGAACAGAAAACAAAUGACAUUUGAAAAGCACAUUGUUGGGUCUAUAUAAAGACCAUUGGUGUCGGGGGGAAUGGGUGAAAGCGCUUUGAAAAGCCACGAUAAAGGGGAAACCCACAAAGAAAACAUGAAAUUGAGAAGCAAACAGGGGUCCUGCAUUGUGCUUUUUGGUGAAACAGGAAGGUGCUAUUGUUAAAACUGUGCAAUCUAAAACAGACAUUAACAACAACAGCCCUGUGAAAUACAAAAUGUUAUAGUAACUGACUUCUGUUUAAAUGAAAUGAACUAGUCUGUUUGAUGUGAGCAUAUAAAGAGACAGUGUGUUUGUUUGUAAUAACUUUAAAAAGUAAAUACAUAUGUGAGACUUAUUGAGUUAAGGAUGGAUAACAUUUAUGUGUAUGUAAUAAUUAGAAAUAACACAAAUGAUUUAUUGUGAAAUUAUUUUAAUGUGUUAGAGCAAAUUAAUGAUAUAUACUGUGUUAAUCUGGCUUGAAAAUGCAUUUUUUAAAGGAAACUAACAUACGGUUCUCGGCCUUGAAAAUGAAAAUUUGGCCUUAAAAAGUCCUUGAAAAGUGCUUGAAUUUAGGUUUGAGAUUUUUGUUUGAACCAUGUAGUCGCUUCAACGUAUAAAUAACCAAUUUGUAUGUUGAGGAAAAAAUAUAUUUGCUCUCAGGGAAUACACUGAAGUGAUUUGUUACACCAUGAAUCUGAACACAUCCAAAUAAUAAACUGUAUGUACAUGUAGGUGUUUUGUUUAAACAUUAACCUACAAAGAACAACCACAUAUACCAUGAUCUGCCUAGCAAAAAUUUAGUUUUUAACCAGGUUUUCCGAAGGAAAAAACUGGUUAUUAGAUUGGCGAAUGUCGGCGGGUGGGCGGGCGAGCGAACAAGCUUGUCCGAGCCAUAUUUUGUCGUUCAUUGUGCGAUUUUAAAAUCAUUUAGCACAUUUGUUCACCAUCAUUAGACGGUGUGUCACGCGAAAGAAUUACGUCGAUAUCUCCAAGGUCAAGGUCACACUUUGAGUUUAAAGGUAAAAAAUUGGCAUCAAUGAGCUUGUCCGGGGCCAUAACUAUGUCAUUCAUUGUGAGAUUUUAAAAUAAUUUGGCACAUUUGUUCACCAUCAUUAGGCAGUGUGUGACACAAAAGAAUUACGUCAAUAUCUCCAAGGUCAAGGUCGCCACGAUUAAAAAUAUAUUUAUUUUGAAACAAAUGGGGUUAAUUAUAAAUAAUCAGUUCAGUUUAAGUUGUCUCCCUUUAUCAGACUUUUUUUCAAAUUGAAAACCUGGUUUUUUGACAAUUUUGUCCCUUGUUUCAUAUAUAAUAUUGUUAUAACUAUUUUCUAAAUACACUGUACAUUGAAGUAUUACCUUGCUUUUUCGUGUACAUUAGUUUGCCUUCAGUAUUUGCACAAUGUACUUAAUUUUUGUGUGUCAGAGUUAUUUACCUUAUGUAAUUGGUCUUUACUUUUGAAACACCUGUAGUCUUCUGUAUGUAGGGAUUACAUUAUUAAAUCUUAAGUUUUAUGUACAGUAUAAACUUCAGCAAUUUUGAAUUCUAAUUAUACUAGCCGAGGUUAUUUUAGCCUGUAACUGAACAUGUCAACCCUUUCAGCAUCAAAUUAAUGUCUGAUUAUUUGUAGAAAUAUUAACAACAGUAAUCGAAUAAAUUAAACUUUCUUACUUUUUAUGCCACCGGUAGGGUGGCAUAUAGCAGUUGAACUGUCCGUCAGUCAGUCAGUUUGUCUGUCCGUCCAAAAAGAUAGCAACUUGAUAUUUGGCAUGCAUGUGUUUCUCAUUGAGCUGAACAUUUUGAUUGGUGAAGGGUCAAGGUCAUCCUUCAAGGUCAAAUAUAUGGCAUCUGUCCGUCCGUCCGCAAACUUUAACAUUAGCCAUAACUUUUGAAAUAUUGAAAAUAUCAUCUUGAUAUUUGGCAUGCAUGUGUAUCUCAUGGAGCUGCACAUUUUGAGUGGUGAAAGAUAAAGGUCAUCCUUCAAUGUCAAAGGUCAAAAAACCAAUUCAAGGGAAGUUACAAGCUUGUAAGGUAGAUAAUUUCUAUUUAUCAUUUGGCAGGUACAGAUCAUUUUUACAAGGGAAGUAAUAUUUUAAUUAUAUCCCUUUAAAAAAUAUUACUUCUUGUAAAAAUUAUCUGUACCUGCCAAAUGAUAAAAAAUCAAAUAAAUCAAAGCGGCGCAGUCGAGGGCAUUGUGUUUCUGAUAAACACAUCUCUUGUUAGUAAUUUAUUUUCCAUUUUAUUCAGUUGUUAUAUAACUUCAUGCAGAUCACACAAAAUGACCAAGGGUUAUCUCUGGAACUGUGCGUCUCCUGUAACUCGCACUAUGCUCUGUAACCAAAGUUUUGUGGGGACGAUGGCAAAAUGGGAAAUUCCCAGUGUAUUAUUAUAAAAAUCUGCACACAAGGUUUCUCUCCUGCUGGUGCAGAAGAAGAUUCACUUUGUUAAUUUUUAUGCCCCCGAAGGAGGGCAUAUAGUGAUCUCACUGUCCGUCCGUCUGUCUGUCCGUCACACUUUGCAUUUAGGUUUCGAAAAAAGGUUAAAACUUCCAUGUCUCUUCAGAUGUAACAUUCAUAUUGGUAUGCAUGUGUAUAUUGACAAGGCCUUUCCAUACGCACACAAAUUUUGAACCCUUUGACCUUGAACUUAGGGCCCGCAUUUAGGUUUCGAAAAAUGUUCGUAACUUCUAUCAAAGCGUUUAUCGGGGGCAUAUGUCAUCCUAUGGAGAGAGCUCUUGUUUAGUUAAAAAAUGCUCAUUAAUUUGUAACCUGUGAUCAAGCCUUUAAAGAAAAUGUUGAGAGCUCCACUAAACUUUAAAGAGCAAAUGCAGUUCCAUUAUAGUUGACUUAGUUUAAUAAUGUAUUGCCUACAGGUGUAUUCAUAUUAUAUAUAAUGUUCAUCUGUACUUAUAACAAAUAUAUAGCGGUGUUAUUACAGAUUACCAAAUCACAUACAUAAGAAUACUUAGUAUUUCUCUUAAAAAAGUGAAUUAAACUGUGUGUAACUUUUCUUUUCUCUCAGUUAAUUGAAUAAUUUUAUAGGUACAUGUAGGCAUUGCUUUUUGUUUUAAAGGAUUUAAAAAAAAAUCACUAAAUAAUUUCUUAGACAACACAAUGCUUUCUACAGGCCAUUAACGUUCCCUCGCCAGGGAACUUGAAUUUUGAAAUUCAAGUCAGCGGUGCACUUGAAAUUUACCAAUUUUUGAUUUUUGUUUGCAACUAGCCCUUCUUAAGAUUAAAGUGAUAUAGACUUUGCCGAAUAUUUUGAGAGUUGCCCAAACUUAAGCCGGCCUUAAUACGCAGUGUCGAUGUAUUGGAAAAAUCAAUAUUGGCCAAUGAGAGUGCAUGCUUUGCAGGCGCAACAGCACUCGUACGCAGUCAAUACCUGCAGUAAAAUCAUGCAGACGAGUGACGUAAUUGCUGCUUGAUUGGUCAUUGUGGACUCUUUACCUAAAUGUACCACGGGUAAGUAUAAUAUACUGAAACAUACCCAAUCACUUUUGCCUGUACCCAAGUUAUAUUCCUGCGCAUAAUCCAAUGUUGUAAAACGCGCCACAGGAUAAGAAACAAAAAUUCUUUUUGAGCAAAACCUACCUCAACAUGCAUUUUGAGUACGAGUUUCGAUAAAAUUUAGGUCAUUUUACAAAAUAUUGACAUAUAUAUGGUCAUAAUUUUUUUUUAAGCUGACAACAUCCAACUCGGCAUUAGAACUCCCGGCUACGUUUAAGUUUAUUUUCCAGUAAUGAAUUAAGAAUGGCAUGAGAAAGUUUACACCUUACAUAAGUAGCUAACUGAAAUGGGGCCCAGGUUCUUAGGUAUAAGGUCACAGUCACGUUUCAAGGUCAAAUUUACCUGUACAACUUUGUUCAAAGCAUAACUUUGUAAAGCAUCGAUUAAAUUUCAGUAAAAUUAAUUAAUAAAGACAACCUCACAAACUUACUUAUAGUUUAAUAUCAUGUAAACUGCUACACAAUCGUUAAACAACCAAGGAAAAUAUAAACUUUAAUAAACAAAAAUGGAAAAAUGGAAACAACCAAGGAUGAUAUUAACUUCUUUCAUAAACAAAACAUGAAAAAAAGAAACAACAAAAAUAUACCCUUCGUAAGAUACUUAAAUUUUAAAUAACUGACAGCAAUGACAUAAAACAUUUAAAUAAAACAUACACAAACAAUAAUAAUAUUACUUGCUAACUUUUCAACACAUCUGUAACUUUCCUAUAUGUAUUGUUGACAAUAUAUAAAACCCUCACAAAAAGAAUACCCAUUCAAUCUUGCUAGAUUUGUUAACAACCUCAAUAUGUAAACAUGAACAGGAUGUUAUCAUUAAAAGAUGAACGUAAAGAUAAAAUUAGACUGAAGUUAAUAAGAAUGAAUAACCAAUUCUUUGAAACUGCUAUGGUUUUCACAUUAAAUUUAUUUUCCUUUCACAAAUUGUAUAACUAAACAUAUUUGAUAUAUUUGUAAAAUAAUUUACAACCAUUUCAUUGCACAUUACUUUUGUAAGACACGUGGAAAGAUAAAAAAGUUUGAAUCAUAUAGAAUAUAAUAUGCAACUUCAACAUAAAAGGAAAAUGGCAAAAUAUGUUUAGUAUGCGUAAAAUUGCCUAAUUCUUCUAGUAAAAUGAGUCAAGAUAAAUUAACAUGUAAUGGAUUAACUAAAAGCAAAUUGUAAGUCAUGGAAUUACACAGGUAUAUUGCAGUAAAAUAAAAAAAAGAAAUGCACUCAUCAGAUCAAUAUUUUAAUUUCCCACACACUUUUCAGUUCUCUAUUGCACAUAGUAUACCUAUGAACACUCGUAAACAAAUGAACAUGACAGGCAAAAGUAGAGCUAUUCACAGAUCUU